AUGGUAAGAACUUACGUAAGAAAGACCGAGAGGUCACAGAUUAAUGAGGCAGCUCUGAAAAAUGCAAUUUGUGAAGUCUUGAGGCAAAGAAUGUCAGAGAGAGUGGCUGCAAGAACUUUUAACGUCAAACGGGAUACAUUGCAUUCUAGAAUUAAGAAGCUGAGAAGAAAAUACUCGCCGGAACGUUUAGUUAGAAUGUACAAUGAGGACUCUGGUAAUGAAAGUAGUGACCAGGAAAAUUCCCAACCCAUAGUAUAUUCCAAUUUAGUAGCAGAUUUAGCUACACCAUCAGCAUCAAGCGUACCGUCAACACCAAAACCUAGGCAAAGUGAUCUCAACAUAAAUACCGAUUCGCUCAAAUCUCAAAGAAUCACACCAGAAUCAGUAAGACCAUUUCCCAGACCAAAAUUCUUAGCACUUAUAGUCAUUGGCUUGGCGCAUGCCGCUGACAAAGCUCAACCGGCCAAAGAUGCCAAACCGGUCAAAGAUGCCAAAUUGACCAAAGAUGGCAAAGUAACUAAUAAAAGAAGCAUUUACUUAGGAUCCUAUAUACCUUCUGGAGGCAGUUUGGGAUAUUCUUCUGGAUUGACAGAUUACUCUGGCUUCGGCAGCUUAGGUGGUAUUAGCAGUUAUAGCACUGGUAACACGCACUCACACACUCACGAAGUCCAAACAAUUACUCAACACGUACCAGUACCAGUUCCAAAACCAUAUGCAGUGCCUGUUGUCCAAAGAGUAGCCGUACCACAACCCUAUCCUGUACAUGUUUCUCAUCCAGUAGCUGUUCCUGUUCAAGUUAGAGUACCUGUGGAAGUACCAAGACCAUAUCCAGUACACGUGAACGUUCCAGUACCAUACGCUGUUAAAGUGCCAGUUGAGGUUCCCAGGCCUUACCCUGUUGCAGUACACACUCCAGUACAUCAUGUACAUAGCUACUUCUUAGCACUUAUAGUCAUUGGCUUGGCGCAUGCCGCUGACAAAGUUCAACCGGCCAAAGAUGCCAAACCUGUCAAAGAUGCCAAAUUGACCAAAGAUGGCAAAGUAACUAAUAAAAGAAGCAUUUACUUAGGAUCCUAUAUACCUUCUGGAGGCAGUUUGGGAUAUUCUUCUGGAUUGACUGAUUACUCUGGCUUCGGCGGCUUAGGUGGUAUUAGCAGUUAUAGCACUGGUAACACGCACUCACACACCCACGAAGUCCAAACAAUUACUCAACACGUACCAGUAGCAGUUCCAAAACCAUAUGCAGUGCCUGUUGUCCAAAGAGUAGCCGUACCACAACCCUAUCCUGUACAUGUUUCUCAUCCAGUAGCUGUUCCUGUUCAAGUUAGAGUACCUGUGGAAGUACCAAGACCGUAUCCAGUACACGUGAACGUUCCAGUACCAUACGCUGUUAAAGUGCCAGUUGAGGUUCCCAGGCCUUACCCUGUUGCAGUACACACUCCAGUACAUGUACAUAGCUACGCAAGUAGUUAUGGAUCUGGAAGCGGUUUUGGAUCUGGAAGCAGUUUCGGAUCUGGAAGUUACGGAUAUGGUUCUAGUUUGAGUGACUGUUAGUAAAUUCUCAAAAAUUUUAAGUUGGCGAAUAAAAAUAAAUGAAUGAAAUUUGAAAAUAUAUGGUUUUAUUGG